AUCUAUCCGAAAUACUCGACCGAUAUGACAGACAAGACAAUGUCUAGUGCAACUGUACACCUUAGCGUUCCUGGAGAUUGGAAACUUUGGUACAAGCAUAUGCUAGGAUAUGCAAAGGACAAGAAGGUAUCAGACUUCAUCAAUCUUGAUAAACCCGAUAUCUUCUCUGAACUAGAAGAACCUCUGGAACCUGAGUGUCCAGAAGAAGCCACCGCGGAGGCCAAGAUAGCAUAUGACAUCAAGGUCACUGCGUGGAAAAUCAAAUAUAUGAAAUAUGAAAAAAUGAAUGAAGGUAUGACAAAGAUACGAGAUGUCAUAUGGAGAACAGUGGAUGCCACAGAGCUACAACAUGUACGCAGCGAGAAUGAUGAUGUGAAGGAGAUUAUCCAUUCAUUAAGAGAUCGUCUCUCACCCACGACCGCGGACUAUCAAGAUGAUGUGAGAACCCGAUACCAUGAUCUCUGCAAAGCACCGAAAAACGGAGAUGAUAUCAAAGAGGCGGAUAUAGCUGGACAGUUCAACUUGAAGAAAGACUUCUUAAAUACAAACCUAGCUAUUGAUGCAGGAUAUGCACAAGCAUGGGCAAAGGAUGUCCGACGUGAUAAAGAUGUCAUAUCUUUGAUAGAGUUAGUUAAGGACUUCAAGGAACGGUAUAGGGAAAUGGGUAUUCUCAAAGGAGAUAAACCUAUGAACUUCACUACCCUUAAUGGAAGACCAGCGACAUUCGGAAACUGCAUCUGCGGAGCCCGUCACCGAUACACCCAGUGCUACUAUCUCAAUCCAUCAAGGAAGCCACCUGGAUGGAAGGAAAAUGGGGAGAAGAGAACUCAAAUCGAUCAAGCUCUUAAAAAUCAAGGAUUGAAGAGACGCGUUGAUCGUGCGAUAUCUAGAGAUUCAUCCACGAAUACGGAUAUGGUAGAUGCCAAUGAAGCAGUCAUAGGAGGAAUGGUUCUGAAGAAAUCAGUUCCUCAAUCUAUCGAACAUCAAUCUAUCGAUCAUCAAUCUAUCGAUCAUCAAUCUAUCGAUCAACAGAUCCGAAAAAUAUCAAUGAACUCUUCAAAUUCUCGCUCCUACCUCCGAAACUCCUGGAUCUUUGAUACUGGCGCGGAACAGCAUAUAUGCAAUAAUUGAACAUGUUUCCUAUCCUUUACACCUGCGAACGAGAAUGCGGAAGUCUAUACAGGUGAUUCCAGCACUAAAGUUGAAGGUUAUGGAACUGUUAGAACUAUCAUGAUAAAUGAAGCAGGAAAGCAGUUCAAUGUCAAACUCACCAACGCGGCUUACAUCCCGAAUUUCCAUACAAAUAUC